AUGCCUGGAAGUCAGAAUAUUAAUAAUCUUAUGGAUAUAUUCCCUACACUAUUUAACGACCCUCAACUAUAUUCAAGUUUACCUAAAAAGCGUGCCAGCGAGACCGUCUCUACAGAAAAAUCCCCAAGUAAAAAGAUUAAAAAGGCCAAUGGAAGGAAGGAUAGAAAAAUGAUGGUAACAAACGUAACCCUUUCCGCAUUCCCUCGUCUUACACGUGCAUUGAACACGGAAGAUUUGCAAGGGAGCGGUCCCCACGUAACAAAAAAGGAUGCGUGGGUGCAUAAAGAGAUAUCAAUUAUUGACAUAUGGGCGAUAACUCAUGGGGAAAAUUCUAAAAAGGAAACUGAUCAGCAAUUUUUAUUA